ACAGCCAACCUCCAGACUCCUGUUCCACAGCUUCUAGUACAGCACAACGACAAAGAUUACCCGAGUCACUCCAGCAUGUCUAACCAAGCGCAGCCAACCCCACAAGAGCCUUCGGAGAUGCCUCCGCCUUCAGCCGGUGACGAACUGCCAGGUCCUAUUGUGGGUUCAGGAGAGCCAGACCGCAUGGUGUACAAGGAUGAUGAAGGAGUCGAACACAGCAUCCGCAUACCUAUCGGGCAGUUUCAAACAGCUUGUCAAUAUUAUAUUGACAAGGAUUGGGAGGCUCUCGGGCGAUUUCCUCCAUGGACCGAGACGUCGGAACAGCCUCAAGGGGAAAGCGGCAUGGGGGGAGGGCAACAGUGAAGCAAGAGCAGACUCGUCUCAUGGGCCUCAGGAGGGUUAAAUGCCAAGUCUUGGAAUGCAGACUCGAGGAGAGGGGUCGGAGUGAAGGACUUCACCGCAGGCUAGCGGGAUACUUGUGAAGUUAUAAAGGCAUCGUCUGUCGCUCUCACAGAAUCAUCACUCUUCACCAUCUUUACAUCCUCGCACUUUUCCGCACCAUCAUUGAACCAAUAUGCAGUUUAUCAGCACUCUUGUUGCCAUAGCAUGCAUGGCUACAGCCUGCAGCGCC